UUACAACUCACAUUUGACAUUGCUGCUACUGGAAAUAUUUCAAUUUUGAGGUUAUCCCCUCACUUUGCGUGUGAAAUUGUGAAUUUAUUAGUAGAUUGAUUUUUGUUUUGUAUUGAAUUGAAUAUUUGUUUAAUAUUAAUAAUGGGAAAAAGGAAAAACAAGAACCAAGAGCGUAAGAAAAAAGUUGCAGUAGUUUUCGACGAGGCAAAACGCAAAGAUUUCCUUUGUGGAUUUCGCAAACGGAAGUUAGAACGAAAGAAGAAAGCACAGGAAGAACUGCAACAAAUGCUAAAAGAAGAAAAAAGACGUAUAAAGCAAGAGAAUAAAGAAUCCUACAAAAAGCUUAUAGUGUCAAGUCGUCCAAUACCGGAUAUUGAACAACUUCUUCAAGAAGAAUAUGAAGAUGAGGAUGUCAAUGUGAAGAUAGUAGAACUCUCUGCAGACACCCUUCAGAAGAAAGACUUGGUGAUAGGAGAGAACAGGCCUAGAGUAGCAGAGGACAAACCUGUAGUUAAAAAGAAGAAAAACAACAAUCUAAAAGAAGUAAUACCUGGCAUGGGUUCUGAUGUGGAAAGUGAAAAUGAAGCUUCAGAAGUUGACGAAGACACUGAUAAAGAUAAACUAAAAACAAAGAAGGAAAUUAAAAGAAUGCUCAAACAUCAGGCAACUAAGAAAAUACAAAAAAGCAAAGUAUUUCAAAUGAAGAACAAACUUGAGAGAAUAAAGAAUAAAAAGAAAUCUCAACAGAAGAAAGGACACAUGAAGGCCAAGAGUGAUCCCAGGAAAGAAAAGUCUAAGAAAAAGAUAAAUGUUAACAAUAAACAUCAUGGCAGAAGAAAACAUUAAUAAUAAACUCAAUAUAAAAAAAUACAAUUUUAUUUGUUAAUUAAACUAAGAGGUACUUGUUUACAAUUAAAGUAUUUUAAUUUAAGAUCA